AUGGGGGAGGCAGUGGGACCUGAGCAGGCUGGCCUGAGCUCAGCCCAGGGCCCCAGUGCUGAGGAGGGGAUGCUCGUCACCUUGUGCUACGAGGCGAACAGCUCUUGCUACAGGACCUUACACCCCUCUGGGGUCCAGCUGGCCAUUUAUGUGGCCUGUGCCUUGAGCACACUGAUCACGGUGCUGGGCAACCUGCUCAUCAUCAUCAUAGUCGUUUCCCAUUUCAAAGCCCUGCACACCUCUGCCAGCCUCCUGUUCCUCUCCUUCACCCUUGCCAACCUCCUCCUGGGCCUGACCAUGCUGCCCCUUAGCAUCAUCCAGUCCAUGAAGAGCUGCUGGUAUUUCAGAGAUGACUUCUGUAGGCUGCACACGUUUCUGGACACACUCUUUUGCUUGACCUCCAUAUUUCAUCUGUGUUUCAUUUCCAUUGAUCAGCACUGUGCCAUUUGUGACCCUUUGCUCUACCCCACCAAGUUCACCGUAAGAUUGGUCUGCAUUUACAUUGGGGUGAGGUGGGGGUCUAUGGCUUAUACCUCCAUCUUCCUCUACACUAAAGCGAUUGCAGAAGGACUGGGCCAUUUUUUGCGAGAUGUGCCCUGUGUUGGUAGCUGUCAGUUGCUGUUCAACAAGAUCUGGGGGUGGUUGAACUUCCCAGUAUUCUUCUUCCCUUGCCUUGUAAUGACAGUUUUGUAGGUAAAAAUAUUUACUGUGGCUAACAAGAAAACCAGGCUGAUAAACAACACGAGUAGGAGUACCAGGUCUCAGCUACACAAAGGAGCAUUCAAGAGUGAAAGGAAAGCAGCAAAGGCUCUUGGGGUAGCUGUAGGAGUCUACCUCCUGUGUUCGUUCCCCUUUACUACUGACGCUGCGGUAGGCAGUCUUCUGGAUUUCAUUACCCUCCCAGUUCUGUUUGACAUCCUAAUUUGCUUUGCAUACUUCAAUUCUGCCUGCAGUCCCUUGAUCUAUAUAUUUUCCCACUGCUGGUUCAGCAAAGCUGUGAAACCAGUCUUAACUCAUGGGCUAUUUUGUUCCAGGACACCUACAGUAGACUUGUACCAGGAAUGA